AUGAUUCCUUCUUCUUCUUCCGUUCCGAAUCAUCAAUUUCAUCACUCUAGUCAUAAUACUAAUAUUAAUACUAAUAACAACAACAAUGGCCUCUUGGAUUCUUCAAAAACAACCACCAUGAAUGAUUCUUCUUCAUUCUCUCAUUUAAAUUAUCAACAUCCAUGGUCUUCCGAGGACUUUAAAAAUCAUUUACGGACCACAGGAGAGUUCAUUACUCAAUAUUAUGAAAAAUUGAUCCAUGCAUCAUCACAAGCACCGCUCUCGGAAAAGGAUGAACACCUUGUUGAGAACUCCUCUCCUCUUCCGGUAUGCUCUCAAGUUCAACCAGGGUAUUUGGCAAAGUUGUUGCCAUCCGAAGCACCAUUGAAAGGAGAAUCCUUUGACGAUAUUUUGAAAGACAUUUCUGAAAAGAUUAUGCCUGGAAUUACACAUUGGCAGCAUCCCAAUUUUUACUCUUUCUUUUGUGCAAAUUUUUCUUAUCCUGCUUUAAUUGGUGACAUGUUUUCAGGAAUGUUCAAUGUGAUCGGUUUCUCGUGGAUCACAUCACCAGCAUGUACAGAGCUUGAAACGAUUGUAAUGGACUGGCUUGCAAAAGCAUUGCAUUUACCAAAAUUUUAUUUGAGUGAAACCACUGGAGGAGGAUCUAUUCAAGAUACUGCCUCAUCAGCUGGAAUUGUUGCUAUUUUAGCUGCCAAAGAGAAGAAGCGGUCUCAGCUCAAAUCUCAAUUAGGUCAGGAGAAAUUUAAUGAAGCUGAUUUUCAAUCAAAACUUGUUUGUUAUGUUUCAGAUCAAACUCACAGCUCUAUUCAAAAAGCGUGUAUGAUUACUGGCGUGAUUCAUCUUCGAAAAAUUCCAACCUUUCCCUCAAAAUAUGACAUGAAUUAUAAUGAACUAGAAAAAACCAUCGAAGAAGAUGAAAAGAAUGGACUUAUUCCAUUCUUUGUUUGUGGAACUAUUGGAACAACAUCUUCUACAGCCAUUGAUGACUUGUCAAAAAUUGGUCCAAUCUGUAAGAAACAUGAGAUAUUCCUUCAUGUGGAUGCAGCUUUUUUAGGAGCGACACUGUUGUUGCCAGAAUGUAGAAGCAAGUUUGUUGGAGAUGAAUGUGAGGCUCUGAGUUACAGUGACUCGUUUACAUUUAAUCCUCACAAGUGGAUGUUAACAAAUUUUGAUUGUUGUGCUUUUUGGGUUAAGGAAAGAAAACAUUUGAAGAAUGCUCUUUCUAUUGACCCAGAAUAUCUCAAAAAUAAGGCAUCAGCUACUGGCUUUGUUACAGAUUACAGAGACUGGCAAAUACCAUUGGGUAGAAGAUUUAGAUCAUUGAAACUAUGGUUUGUGAUGCGAAUUUAUGGAAUUGAAGGUCUUCAAAGUUAUUUGAGACAUCAUAUUGAACUGGCAAAAGUUUUUGAGAAUCAUAUCAAACAACAGUCUCAACGUUUUGAAAUUGUAGCUCCUCGGGUUGCUUCAUUAGUAUGCUUUAGAGCAAAAUUGACAGAAUACGAUAAAGAGUGGACACUACAAAAGGAAAAUCGUUUAAAUGAACUACUUAUAGAGCGAAUUAAUUCAAGUGGACUCAUGUAUCUCAGUCACACUGUACUCGACGGAAAAUAUAGCCUAAGAAUGGCAAUAUGUGGCUCAUUUACUAAUUUCCAACAUGUACAAUUUGCCAUUUCAACAAUUGAUGAUCACUUGACCAAGUUAUUGGAAGGUGUUAAAAAUGGAAGUGUUGAUUUGUAA